AUGAAGGAAACGUGGAAGAGCACUUUUUAUUUUUUCUUUUUUUUUUACUUUUUAAUAUACUUAAAUUGCUCAAAAUAUGCCAAUGCAAAUGAUAAAAAAAAUAAUUUAAGAAAUGGUUCUCAGUAUGCAAGUAAAUUAACUGGUAAUGCUGAAGGUGAUGAAAUUCAGAAUUUGCAGCAGGAGCACAACGAUAGUGCCGCACUCAAUGGAACUGAUAAUCAGGAUUUAGGGACUACGGGAAAAAAUAACGAAACUGAGCCUUCUCUGACCUCCACUGUAAACACAGUUUCAGGUGAUUCAGAUGUUUCAUUAACAAAUGGUGGAACUUGUCCAUCUAAUGUAAGUGAAUGUGAUGGUAAAGAGGCAGGUAAUCAACAAACAAGGGGAUCCGCUGGGGGUAGCAGUACAUGUACAGGAGAUAAUUGUCAAGGAAAUUCAAAUGAUUGUACUUUAGGAAGUGGACAGGCACAAAGUGAAAGCAGUGUGUGUCCAGGAUGCAAUGUUUGUCCAGGAUGCGAUGUGUGUCCAGGAGAAAAUGACGCAUGUGAUAAGUGUAAAGAUGAAUGCGUAACAUGUGGAAAAGAAUGUACAGAAUGCACAAAAUGUGAAAAAUGUGAAAAAUGUGAAGAAUGUGAAAAAUGUGAAGAUUGUAAAAAAUGUGAAGAAUGUAAAAAAUGUGAAGAAUGUGAAAAAUGUGUUGAAGAAUGUAAUGAAUGUGAAGAUUGUGAAGAACAGUGCUGUACUGAGUAUUCAGGAACAAUAUGUACAGAUGGAACGACAUGCCCUCAAUGUAAAAGAACUCAAUGCCCAGAAGCUGGUUGUGCAGGCACUGUAUGUACAAUAGAUAAUUGCCCAGGAAAUGAAUGCUCAGAAUCAAAAUGUCAAACACCUCAAUGCCCAGAAUCUGAAUGUCAAAAGCCUCAAUGCUCAGAAGCUGCUUGUGCAGAUACUCUAUGUACAAGAGAAGAUUGCACAGAAACAGGUUCUACAAGAGCUGGUUCUGAAGGCACUGGUUCUACAGACACUGGUUCUGAAGGCGCUAAUUCUGAAGUCGUUGGUUCUACAGACACUGGUUCUGAAGGCGCUAAUUCUGAAGUCGUUGGUUCUACAGUCGCUGGUUCUGAAGGCGCUGGUUCUGUAGAAGCAAAACCUACUGAAGAAACUAGCACCCUACAAGAAAUACGAGUGGACGAUAAAGAUAAAGAAAUCAGUAGGAGAGAAGAUGAAGAAGCAAUGGAAAUUGAAAUGGAAAUAGAAGAAGAUGAGACGAAGGAAGAUGGGGAAGACACAGAGGAAGAGGUUGAACAUGUAACCAACGAUAAUGAUGAUGUUGAUUUGGAAGAUGAAGAUGAGGAGGAAGAAGAGGAGGAAAUAGAAGUAGAAACGGAAGACCAAGAAAUUUUACAACCAAUAAAAAAAAUGGAGGAAACACAGGGUAUUAGUCCUAAAGGAAAUGAAACUCCAUCAAGCGGUGCGAUGGUUGAUGGUGUAGUUGCUGAAAAAUAUAAAGGUUCCAAGGAAAAUAAAAAAGCAGCUGAUAUGUUUAUGCAUACAUUGCUUAAUUUGCUAGAAGGUGGUGAUAGCACAAUUGAUGAUUCAAUCAAGCAAUUGGCCAAUGAUAUUUCUCAAUUUUUGCUAAGGUGA